CCUGUUUAGCUCAGACCCUGCUUCCUAGAUACAGCUGGGAGUUUCAUCAGAAACAAAGUGAAGAUGCCAGAGGCUGUAAAGAAAACAGUUUCUGCAUUUACCAAGAAGCCGAAGACAACAGAGGUGACAGCCGGAAGUACAGCUGUGUUUGAAGCAGAGACAGAAAAAGCCGGCAUCAAGGUGAAGUGGCAGCGAGCUGGCACAGAAAUUACUGAAAGUGAGAAAUAUGUCAUCAAGGCAGAAGGAAACAAGCAUUCGCUGACAAUCAAUAAUGUAGUAAAAGAAGAUGAUGUGACAUAUGCUGUAAUAGCUGGAAGUUCCAAGGUCAAAUUUGAACUCAAGGUCAAAGAACCAGAAAAGAGUGAGACGGUCACUCCUGCAGAAGCUGCUCCUGCCCCAGCUGCCUCAGAGCUGCCUGCUCCGCCAGUAGAAAGCAGCCAAAACACAGAAGUUCCAUCUGCUGGGACUCAACCAGAAGAGCCUGUGGACCCUAUUGGGCUCUUUGUGACACGACCUCAGGAUGGAGAAGUUACUGUUGGUGGAAAUAUCACGUUCACUGCCAAAGUCGCAGGUGAGAGCCUGCUGAAGAAACCGUCAGUGAAAUGGUUCAAAGGAAAGUGGAUGGACCUAGCAAGCAAAGUGGGGAAGCAUCUCCAGCUGCAUGACAGUUAUGAUCGAAACAACAAGGUGUACACCUUUGAAAUGGAAAUCAUAGAAGCAAAUAUGACUUUUGCAGGAGGGUACAGAUGUGAGGUGUCUACUAAGGACAAGUUUGACAGUUCUAAUUUCAACCUGACUGUCAAUGAAGCGCCACUAAGUGGAGACUUGGAUAUUCGUGCUGCCUUCCGACGCACGAGCCUGGCAGGAGGGGGGAGACGGAUGACUUCAGCCUUUCUCAGUACUGAGGGACAUGACGAAGCUGGAGAGUUGAAUUUUAGUGCCCUACUGAAAAAGAGAGACAGCUUCUUGCGCUCUGUAAAUCGAGGUGAUGGAAAAACUGAAUCACAACCUGAGGUAGAUGUCUGGGAAAUUCUGAGGAAAGCUCCUCCUUCUGAAUAUGAGAAAAUCGCUUUUCAGUAUGGCAUCACAGAUUUGCGUGGGAUGCUGAAACGCCUCAAACGCAUAAAGAAGGAAGAGAAAAAAAGUACAGCAUUCCUCAAGAAAUUGGAUCCAGCUUACCAAGUGGACAAAGGACAAAAGAUUAAAUUAGUGGUUGAAGUUGCCAAUCCAGAUGCUGACGUGAAAUGGCUGAAGAAUGGACAGGAGAUCCAAGUGAGCGGCAGCAAAUAUAUUUUUGAAGCUGUUGGGAAUAAGAGAAUUCUGACCAUAAACCACUGCUCUCUGGCUGACGAUGCAGCAUAUGAAUGUGUGGUAGGUGAGGAGAAGAGCUUCACAGAAUUAUUCGUAAAAGAGCCUCCAAUCCUGAUCACUCACCCACUGGAGGACCAGAUGGUGAUGGUUGGAGAGAGAGUGGAGUUUGAGUGUGAAGUGUCUGAGGAAGGAGCUACUGUAAAAUGGGAGAAGGAUGGAGUUGAGCUGACACGGGAAGAAACAUUCAAAUACCGAUUUAAGAAAGAUGGAAAAAAGCAGUAUCUAAUUAUUAAUGAGUCAACCAAGGAGGACAGUGGACACUAUACCGUGAAAACCAACGGUGGGGUAUCAGUCGCUGAACUAAUUGUACAAGAGAAAAAGCUGGAAGUUUAUCAGAGCAUUGCGGACCUGACAGUGAAGGCACGUGACCAGGCUGUCUUCAAGUGUGAAGUUUCUGAUGAAAAUGUGAAAGGAAUCUGGUUGAAAAAUGGCAAGGAGGUGGUACCAGAUGAAAGGAUAAAGAUCUCCCACAUUGGCAGAAUCCAUAAGCUAACUAUUGAGGACGUUACACCAGGUGACGAGGCUGACUAUUCGUUCAUCCCUCAGGGAUUUGCUUACAACCUUUCUGCCAAGCUUCAGUUUUUGGAGGUCAAGAUUGAUUUUGUACCAAGAGAAGAGCCUCCCAAAAUCCACCUUGACUGUCUGGGCCAGUCCCCUGACACUAUUGUUGUGGUGGCUGGGAACAAACUGAGAUUGGAUGUUCCCAUAUCAGGAGAUCCAACACCCACUGUCAUCUGGCAGAAAGUGAACAAGAAAAGCGACCUGCUUCGAAGCAAUGAUGACUCCGUGACUCCCUCAGAAAACAGCAGUGAUUUAAACACUGAUAGUAAGCUUCUGUUUGAGUCUGAAGGCAGAGUUCGUGUGGAGAAGCAUGAAGACCACUGUGUCUUCAUCAUUGAAGGAGCUGAAAAGGAGGAUGAGGGAGUAUACAGAGUUAUAGUUAAGAAUCCAGUGGGAGAAGACAAGGCUGAUAUCACAGUCAAAGUUAUUGAUGUUCCUGACCCUCCAGAAGCUCCCAAGAUCAGCAACAUUGGAGAAGACUACUGCACUGUGCAAUGGCAACCACCUAAAUAUGAUGGUGGGCAACCAGUACUUGGCUAUAUUUUAGAGAGAAAGAAGAAGAAGAGCUACCGAUGGAUGAGACUGAACUUUGACCUUUUAAAAGAGCUAACCUAUGAAGCCAAGCGAAUGAUUGAAGGAGUAGUUUACGAGAUGCGGAUUUAUGCUGUGAAUUCUAUUGGCAUGUCCCGGCCAAGCCCUGCCUCCCAACCCUUCAUGCCAAUUGCUCCUCCAAGUGAACCAACCCACUUUACAGUGGAAGAUGUCUCUGACAGCACUGUUGCCUUGAAGUGGAGACCCCCUGAACGGAUCGGAGCAGGGGGAUUAGAUGGCUACAUUGUGGAAUACUGCAAAGAGGGAUCUACAGAAUGGAUUCCAGCUCUUCCCGGCCUAACUGAGCGUACAUCUGCACUGAUUAAAGACCUGGUGACAGGGGACAAACUUAAUUUCCGUAUAAAGGCUAUAAACUUGGCUGGUGAGAGCGGAGCAGCAAUAAUCAAGGAGCCCAUUACUGUUCAAGAGAUCCUGCAGCGUCCUAAAAUCUGGCUGCCACGCCAUCUCAGACAGACUCUGGUGAAGAAAGUGGGUGAGACAAUCAAUAUUGUGAUCCCUUUUCAGGGGAAACCUAGACCCAAAAUAAUUUGGACAAAAGAUGGUCAAAGUCUAGACGCCAAAGAUGUGGGCAUUCGGAACAGCAACACAGACACAAUCCUUUUCAUCAGAAAGGCAGAGCUUCAUCACUCAGGAGCAUAUGAAGUCACUCUUCAAAUAGAAAACAUGACCGAUAAAGUUGCAAUAACAAUACAAAUCAUAGACAAGCCUGGCCCUCCUCAGAAUAUAAAGCUUACAGAUGUUUGGGGAUUUAAUGCUGCCCUGGAGUGGACACCCCCACAAGAUGAUGGCAAUGCACAGAUCUUGGGCUACACAGUCCAGAAAGCUGACAAAAAGACAAUGGAAUGGUAUACUGUUUUUGAUCACUACCGUCGCACAAACUGUGUAGUGUCAGAACUGAUUAUGGGAAAUGAGUAUUUUUUUCGAGUCUUCAGUGAAAAUUUGUGUGGAUUGAGUGAAACUGCUGCAACCACUAAAAAUCCUGCCUAUAUCCAAAAAACAGGCACCACUUACAAGCCACCUUGUUACAAAGAACAUGACUUCUCUGAACCUCCUAAAUUCACUCACCCUUUAGUAAACCGGUCUGUGAUUGCAGGAUACAACACCACGCUCAGCUGUGCUGUGAGAGGAAUCCCCAAGCCAAAGAUAUACUGGUACAAAAACAAAGUGGAUCUCUCUGGGGACGCCAAAUACCGCAUGUUCGGUAAACAGGGUGUGUUGACCCUGGAGAUCCGGAAACCUACUCCAUUUGAUGGUGGCUUUUACACCUGUAAAGCUGUUAAUGAGUGUGGUGAAGCUGAAAUAGAGUGCAGACUGGAUGUCAGAGGUAAUCAGAUGAACGUUAUGCAUAACACUAAUACUGCAGUGAAGUAA